UCUCGUGUGAAGCUAUACACGACAGUGGAGUAACUUUUCGAGCAGUCUGUUGCCGCAUCACGGACAAGAUGAAGUUCAGUUUCUGCAUGUGCCUUUGCAUUGUUGUAGGCUUUGCAGGGUUGCAGGUACAGGGGAGAGGACCAUUGGUGUACUUCAGGGCACUUCUGCCAAGUGACAAGACUUUCGGACUUGAAAGUACCAUCGUAUUCAGCAAAGUAGAGGCAAACGUGGGUUCCGGAUAUAACUCAUCAUCCGGGGUAUUCCAUGUUCCAAUUGCAGGUCUUUAUCUGAUGAAAUGCCAACUUGAGACCACGGACCCUGGUGUCUCAGAGUUCUUCCUGGAGAGCCAGGGAGUACAAAAGUCUGUGCUGACCAUUACACACAUUUACAGCUCCAAGACUAUGAGUGUCAUCAUCCCUCUCAAAGUGGGAGACCACGUUCUGAUGAGGAAGAAAUUUGAUAGCCAUAACGCCCCACUGCGAGGUGGAGUGUGGUCUCAGUUCUCUGGAUAUCUGCUGCGGGAAGAUUUAAUCAACUGUCAAUGAAUCAAAUAUGUUCAGAGGAACCAAAAUAAUAAUUUCAUCAUGAAACUUUUAUCACGCACUCCUGUUUAGAGUAAACGUUAACAUUGAAAAUAAACUGUAUCAUUGAGUGAU